AAUGACGUCACUACUGCGCCAAAAUACAACAUGUGGAAAUGUGUAGCUGAGUUGAGCAGCUUUAGUUUGUUGUCUUAGUUUGAUUUGCUAUCUGAGUGACGAAACGCUUUGAAAAGUUUUAGUUUUUCGUGACUUUAUAAAGUGACGAGUUUUAAUUGGCUGCUAAAUGCCGCCAGUUAGCUUCGUGCUAACAGCAACGGCUAGUUGACGUUAGCAGCCGGACAUCAGUCAACUCUGCUCGGAUGGCAGAUGACAGCGUGAAAAGUGAGGCUCCGGCCCAGCAGGAGAAUGAAAACGGAGAGAAGAAGAGCAGUCAGAAGGCUGUGAUCAGCAACGGAGAAGCUGAGAACCAAACUCUGUCCAAGAGGCAAAGAAAGAAGCUUCUGAAGCAGCAGAAGUGGGAAGACGAAAGGGAGCUAAGGAAGCAGAGACGAAAGGAGAGGAAGCAGCAGCGUCGGCUACAGAGGCAGGACGAGGAGGGAGGAGACAGCCAGAGUUUUAGGAAACGUCCACGCAGAGAGGUGACGCCGAGCUCCCUGAGGAUGGUGGUGGACUGCAGCUUUGACGAUAUCAUGCUGAUCAAGGAUGUUCGGAAGCUUCACAAACAGAUCCAGCGGUGCUACGCUGAGAACCGACGAGCCUUACAUCCGGUGCAGUUUUAUCUCACUAGUCUGGGAGGGCAGCUGAAGCAGAGCAUGGAUGAAAAGGAUAAAGGAUGGGUCAACUGGAAGGAUAUCAGCAUUAAAACAGAACACUACUCUGAAGUUGUGGCCAAAGAGGACCUGGUGUAUCUGACCUCAGACUCUCCCAACGUGCUGGAGGAGCUGGACCAGAAGAAGGCCUACGUGAUCGGAGGUCUGGUGGACCACAACCACCACAAGGGAAUCACCUUCGAGAGGGCGAAGGAGCUCGGCAUCGAACACGCCCAGCUUCCUCUGAGCAGCUUCGUCAGAAUGAACAGUCGGAAGGUUCUGGCAGUGAACCACGUGUUUGAGAUCAUCCUGGCCUAUCUGGAGAAGGGCAGCUGGCAGGAGGCCUUCUUCACCGUCCUGCCUCAGAGGAAAGGAGCCGUGGCCGUGGACCAGGACGGAACCAACGCUCAGGAAAAAGAGGAGGAAGAUUCAGAUUCUGACUCUGAACCCGACGCCACAGAGCCGACGGAGAAAAGAGCUUAACGCUUCGGACAAACUCCCAGCAGAUUUAUCGACGCUGCAAGCUGUGUUUGAAACAGCGAACUUUCAGUUUCUUGACCGUUUCAGACUUUUAGUUUUUUUUAAUUUGAUAUUUAUUGAAAUGUUUGACUCAUAAGUUAAUUUGACUGCUGAUGAAUGUUUUGCUUCUUCAGGCUGUUUUUACGUCCAGCAGCAUCAUUUUUACCAAAUCGUUUUGUUUGUUUGGAGCUGAAAUUGUGCCAAAUGGAGUUCAAACAACAUAAAGAGAAUGUUUAACUAUAUUUGUUCUGAGACAUUGUGGAAUUUUGAGGCGCAAUAUUAAAAAAAAGAAGGAAGUUGAUUCAAUCUGUGAGGAGCCUGAUGGAAUAUCAAGCAAUCUUUAGAAUGUAAAAGCUUUAAUAUCAUAAUAAUUCAACGAGAAACUAUUUUAUUUUUGCUUUGCUGUUGGAGAAACAAUCUAGUUAUGAGAGAAUACAGUGUUCUGUUCAUGUUUUAGGUGUAUUUAAAUAGUUUGUUGCCCACAGUGGAGUGAGUGAGUAGAACCCAACCUUUCAUAACCUUCUAAUGUUUUUAGCGAGGAAGCAUUUAUUAGAGUCGUCUAGACUGGAUAAGAGAAGCAGGACUGAUUUAUGUGAUCAAAAAAAGACACGUGGAGCGUUUUAAGCAAUUACAGAAGAAAGUUUACAGAAUAGACAUGCUAAGUUGAAUUUGGAUGAAAACAAAAACAAAGUGGAUUGAUUUAACUAAUACAGUCAUGGAACAUCA